AUGGACUUGCUGUCAGCCCCGGAUAGUCUCUGGCGAGUUGGAUUGAUCCUACUAGCUGCUACUGGAGUGUAUGCUGUCAUUAAUCGGGCGUUUGGCAGGUCUCUCUUAGCCAGAGUUACAUUGCGUGGCCGAAAACACUCAAUUGCCCGAACACCACCGCGAUCUUUCUCUCCGGAGAAGAAAGCCGCAACAAAACCGACUUCCCCAUCCAGCUAUGAAAAUGUGCUCCCACCACAACGCAAGCAUACUCUUGCUGAUCUUAGUUGUGAUGCUGCGCCCGACCGCGAUGUGCACGAAGAUGAAGUGCGUCGGAAUAUACUACCCAUGAGCGCCGACUAUACCACCAGCCCGGACGACAAGUAUACACCGAUGGGACUAUCAGUAGCAGAAGUCAAAUGUCUUGGGGACUUCCCAGACUAUUCGACUCUAAGUGGAGUGCCACUACCCACCCCAUAUCCAGAAUUCAAUAUUGAGAAGGCAUUGCCCCGGCCAUAUCGUCCAUUCCGGUGGGCGUAUCACCAGACCAUGUCUCUAAGCAAACUCGAAACAGACUGGUGGAUCGAGCUCGAGAGUACAUACAAGAGCCGCAUCGUCCAGCGUAAAGAACUCUACGCCAAGAACGGCAAGCAAGUCCUUGAUGUCAUGCCAGGCUCCGAGCUUGCAUGCAAGGAGUUGAUGGAGAUGGUCUUGCAAUUUAUCUGCGCCCGAUACCCACAGUACUUCACACUGGUUGACAAGCGCGUGCUACAGAACAAGAUCCUUGGUAUCGAGCAGGACAUUACAAGCAAGCCGCCUCUUGAGAUCCUUCUGGAUAACGUACCAGAAGACUUCGCAAUCAUGCUUCGUGAUGACAAAACCGGAUUCUAUUUUCUGCGUGCAGCGGUGAUCUGUUCAGCUCUGGGGUGGAAUGUCGCAUCGAAGAUUGGAAAGCAGCUGCAUGAGAUCCACGAGUCGAUUCCCGAUUAUAAGGAUAAGAUGCAGUUCUCCAUGGAUCGAUAUUUCACUAAGAUGCCGACUGAAAAGCCAAUCCAACGAGGGUCAUGGGGCCUGGAAAUUGGGCAGCCAUUAUACAUGCCGCCCGGGGACCCUCACGAACUACACCGGCUAUCUCAGCAGGCUGAUUUGACCCUUGAUCAAUGCCAUCUGCGCGUGGACUGGCAGACUCUUAGGCGCUUGCCAUUGUCCGGCGCGGUCGUCUUCAAUUUCAAGGCACUUUUUACUCCAAUUGCGGAAUUCCGUGAUGAGCCGGGGGUACCGGAGCUAUUGAUGAAGGUUUUGACAGAGGGAAAGAAGAAUCUCAUGGAUUACAAGAGUGUUUGGCAUGUGCAGCAUGUUGUGCUUCCCAAGUUGAAGGAAUGGGCAGAAGAGCAGAAGGAGAAUGGGUUAGUUCCGAAAGAGUGGGAAGUAUCUACCCUAGAUGAUAGUCCAUGGUUCAAGGGUUGGCAAGAGAAAUGGCAUCGGCAGCAGGGAUUCUAG